CCCCUAGAUCGUCAAGAAAAGGGAAGAGCUCAUUCUAGGGCUUCUCUUUCGGAUCAAUGCAGCAUCUAGCUCUUCUUUCUGUGGAUUUUACAGCGCUUUUGGAAGAUCUGGCCACUAGAUCCUCAAGAGGAAUGGUCUUGGACAAAAGAUCUAUCGCGGCCGUAUCGAGAGGAACAUCAUAAACGAUGAAAGGAGUUAUCCACGAGGCGCAAAGAGUGGUGAAACUCAGGAAUCUCGCAGAGAAGAAAGCAGCGAGCGAGUUUCAGCGCGAUUGUUCUUCUUAAGAACAGUCGACUCUCGUUUUUUUCUUCCUCCAUGAAAACUUCGCACGGAGUCUUUGCUGGUCAUUAUCCGAAUUUCCGAAAGAUCUAUCACAACACAGCAAAUGGAGGGAUAUGCUCGGCCGCUUAACGACAAGAUUAGCAGCAUCUUAGUCCUCCACUGUUUGGAGCUGUGCUUCCUUAUAUGUAUCCAAUCCAGCCGCGCAUGGAGAGUCAUUCUUCCGGGAUUCAGGUUCCAUCCCACUGACGAGGAGCUCGUUGGGUUUUAUCUCCACCGGAAAGUCCAGCACAAAACUCUGCCGUUCGAGGUGAUCACGCAGCUGGACAUUUACAAGUAUGAUCCAUGGGAUCUCCCACACAUGGCGGUCUCUGGAGAGAACGUCUGGUAUUUCUUCUGCUUGAGGGAUCAAAAGUAUCGAAACAGCACGCGGCCGAACAGAGUGACCAAGGGGGGAUUCUGGAAAGCAACGGGCCCGGACCGUGCCAUCUACACGAGCGACGGAUCCAAAUGCAUUGGCCUCAAGAAAUCUCUGGUUUUCUACAAAGGCAAAGCUGCCAAAGGCACCAAGACCGACUGGGUGAUGCACGAGUUCCGACUUCCAGUCCUUGGUUCUACCAAGGAUCCAUCCAAAAAACGCCCUCCAGUCUUUGAGGAAUCCUGGGCUGUUUGUCGCAUUUUCAAGAAGCGCUCCAUGGUGAGACGAGCUCCAUCAAACUCCUGGACCCCGGAUCUCCCCGCAACAGACAAGCCAUCGCUCGAGUCUCCAUCGAUUCCACAGCAACAGCAGCUCAACGCGAUCAAGACUGUGCUUGUUCCACUUCCAAGCCUGGAUUGCGAGAGUUUCAUGGACACGACCAAUCCUUUGGUCGAUAGCGAGGAGAGCCCAUCGUGCUCGACGUUUGGAUCCAGUGCUUCUUCCUCGUCUUCGUGGGAAUUGUCCGCUCUUAUGGACUUGGUAGCUUCAUAGCUUGCCACAUCCAUCCAUCAUAGUGUACAUUCUAUACUUUAAAAGCACGCUUUUCCUUUGCCCUUUA